AUUCUGACAGCUGGAAUGUCCUUAACUUUGCCAAUUAUCUUCCGUCCUUUGGAAAAGAGGGAAUAUGAAGAUAGCAUCCUCUUUGAAAAGCCAGAAGGAGAAUUUUCUGUUGCACUGGUAGCUAAACUACCACGCCUUGAUCUCCUUUUGCCAGAUACCAUCCAGCUUCCUGCAUGUGCUGUCUAUCAUUUUGUGGAGUCCUGCUUUCCUUUAUACAAUAAUGGGGAUCUACUGAUAUGCUUCAGCUGGGAGGUGCCUGAACCUUUUUCUUUUAUUCCUGCUCGUGGCAUGUUGGAUCCCGGUGAAGAAUGCAUAAUGAAGGUGACUUUCCGACCUGAGAUGGCUUUAGUGUAUGAUGUUUUAGCAACAUGCACCUUUGGAGACAAUCAGGAGCAGAAGACUCUUAAACUGAAAGCUGUUGGUAAAUAUCCCCACCUGCUGGUCAACGUGCAAGAAGACACCUAUGAAGAUAUCAAGCGAAUAAAGUUCCGGGAUGUGCUUUCCUUUGGCUCUGUUGCUGUUGACAGCACUGUGGAGAAAGAAAUGGAGAUACUGAACGUAUCUGUGGUUGAUGCUCCAUUCAGGAUUGACAGAACAAAGGAGUCAAUGCUUCGUGAUCGUGUCUUUUCCUGCGACAUUACCCAAGCCAUUGUUAAAGCUGGUGGCACAUCAGUCAUCCCUGUUAGGUUUAGCCCAAACACUGUGGGUGUGAAAAGUGUGGAUUAUUUCACAAUUGUGCCUUUUGGAAGUAGCACACAUUCUGUGUUGAAAGUGACAGGAUCAUGCAAAGGCCCUGCAGUAACUUUUCAGCCUCCCUCUGUUUACUUCUGCUGCCUUAACCUUGGUGAAUACUCUAAUCAGCCAUUAGACAUCACUAACAACUCCGACAUUCCAGCUUACUAUCAAUUCGACAUUGAUUGCACACAGAGUGUGUUUUCCAUUGACCGUCCUUGUGGGGUCUUGAAUGGAAUGUCAACAAUCACGCUGAAGGUGACUUUCCAGCCUACUCACCCAAUUAUAUGUUACCGGCGUGUGGCUUGCCUUGUGCAUCAUCAGGAUCCAUUGUUCUUAGAUUUGGUUGGGACCUGCCACACAGAAACAACAAGUCCAAUCCCCCUGAAAAUGAAGGAUAUGAGCAGGUACAAGACACAUAUGGCCAGAGGACUGACCUUUUUCCCACCAGACAUCCUGGGCACCAUGCUGAAGGAAGGCAAGCUGCUAGUAGAUGAGAACGGAGCUCUUACACUCCCACCAGAGAUGCUGCAGGACAAACCCCCCGAGGAGUACCCCGUCAUUGAACCCAUGGUUGAAUAUUUCCAUGAUGGUGUAUACAGUGACCUCACGAUAUAUCCUCCCCAUGUCAGCCUCAGCAUCAAGGAGUUUGAUUUUGGCUGCUGUGCAAGCCUUCGAGAGAUAGAGCCACUUCCUUUCUCUGUGACUAACCACACAAAGGGGAAAGUCACUGUUAUUUGGACAAGAAAGCCACACAGUCCUUUCCAGGUGAUGCCAGAGGGUUGUGACAUCCCAUCUCUCAAGAGCAUGGCUUUCCGCAUCACUUUCCAGCCUCCUCAGGUCAAUACUUUAUAUGCAGCAGAACUGGAAGGCUUUGCUUUCUAUAAGGUACUGAGACACUACAACAAUGUUGAGGAGCCCAUCACCAUAUGUCCAUCCUGGAGUUUGACCAUCCGCUUGCGUGGACAUACUUUUCAACCUGGGCGACAGCACUUCAUCCCCCAGUUCACCUUGGACUGUCACAAGGUUUUUCCUCCAGUCUGUCGGAAUGUCACCACAUACCGCAGCAUGCUACUCUGCAAUGUAGGCACGACGGCCAUAUGUUUUAACAUUGGCCGAGAAAAGUGCCCUUCUGUCUUGGUCAAGCCUAGCUGUGGAUAUGUUAUUCCAGGAGCCCACCAGAUCUUUUUCCUUUCAACUUGCCCCACAGAAACAACUAUACAACAGCACACCUUGCUCUUGCACCUCAAUUUCUGGUCCUCUUUCACUCAGGAGAUUUUUCUUCAGAGCAAUGCGGAGCCUCUGGCGCUACUCUUGGAAGGUGAUGGCAACCUGUACUUCAAGCCCACCUGUGUGGGAACCUGCUCUUCACGUACUUUCACCAUCAAAAACUGUACCCGACUACCUAUGCUUUUCAGAUGGAAAAUCCAGAAGUCUGACCAAAAGCUUCUGUCUGUCCAACCUGCUGAAGGAACACUACUACCCAGUGAAGCUUUAGCUCAGACAUGGACCUUCACUCCUGCUGAACAAAUCAAGUAUCUGCUGCGGAGCUAUGUGAUAGUUUGGAGAGACCAAGAAAUGCUGGAUGACAAGACACCAAAGACUAUUCGCUACGUUCUGCGAGUUAUUGGGGAGGGGUCGUUUGGCACCAUAAUGGCAGAAGAGAAACAGAUAGAUGCUGGCAACAUCUUGGUUGGUAGCACACAAUCCUGUAACCUUGUUUUAUUUAACAAUGGAUCCUGCUGCUUAAAAUAUGUCCUUAGUGUGGAACAAACAAUCACUGGACCAUGUGAUCCUGAGGAAGUUGCCAGUGAUCCCUUAGCAAUAGAUUUGGAUCACUACAAAGGGACAGUUUGGGCUCGGGGAAAGAUCUACUUACAAGCAACUUUAAAACCAGCUCACCGGCUGCACUACACAUGGACAAUCUAUUGUGCCAUUUCUACUCCCAAAGCUGCAAACCCUUUGGGGGAAAAGCUGCCUGUUUGCUAUGUGGUAGCAACUGGCAUCUACCCUUCCAUCUGCGUCGUUGAUGCCUGCGGGACAGGCUGUGCCUCUGGCAUCAGCAAGCUGCACCUCUGGAGGCUCUUUUCUUUGGAGAGACUGAACCAAUAUCUGGAGCGAGAGCCGACACCACAAGAGCUCACUUUCCGAGUGCCUACCAGACAUAGCACUCAACGAAUCCCACCAGUUUACACACCUGUCAUGGUGGAUUUCAAUUUUGGAGCUGCUCCAGUUGGAUGUGGGUCCUCUGUGGUUGUGCUGAUGAUACAGAACAAUGGAACGAUACCUGUAAACUGGGAUUUUCUGUUUCCUUCUGACCAGAAGAUUGACAUGGAAUAUUGGGCAGAAAGUACUGAAUUUGAUCCCAGUGAGUUGCAUCAGAUGCGGAUCCAGGAUAAUCAGCUUUUCACCAUCGUUCCCAAGUCAGGAAAGCUUCCUCCAGGGCAAGAGCAAAUUAUACACCUAUCUUACAGACAUGAUUUUGUUGGCACUGACCGACUCCCAGUCCUACUAAAAGUAUCCCAUGGUCGAGAAAUUCUGCUGAAUUUUAUUGGCGUGACCUUGAAGCUGGGAUGCCACUACAUUCACUUCACUUCAGCUAAACAUAUGUUCACACCCAUUGCUAUUGGCACAUAUAAUUCUCCUAAACAAAUUUAUGAAUUGUAUAAUGGAGGUUCUACCAGUGCAGUCUAUGAAAUUCAGAUGGAUGCCCUCCUCCAAGUAGAGAGAGAAAAUCACCGUCAUGCAGUAUUUACCUGCCUGAAUCCAAGAGGAGAGAUUGGCCCCGGAUUAACCGCCCACACUGAAUGGAUUUUUUGCCCACUGGAAGCCAAAAUGUACUCCGUGGAUGUACCUAUUCAUAUCCUGGAUGGAGAUUCUGCUUUAAUUACCUUUCAAGGAGUAGGCUUCGAUCCACAAGUUAUGGGAGAAACCGCACAAUUUGAUAAAGUCGUAUCUGCUGCAACAACUCCAGUCUCUGCCAAAUUAACAGUACCUGGUCUGGCAGUAUAUUUAUCUCAGCCACGGAUAUGUCUUGGCAAUAUCCCUGUUUACAGCAAAUGUAGUCGCCUUUUUUUCCUCAACAAUGCUUCGGAGGAUGAGGCCAUCAUUUUUACCUGGCACAUACCAGGGAUCUCUCCUACUAUGGCGGCAUUGAAGAUCAUACCUCAAACUGGAAUUGUGCAGGCUGGAGAGAGCACUCAUUGCGUUCUUACGCUGCAUGCCAGUGAAAAUCCAUGCUUCUACAAUGUGGAUUUGAUCUGUGAGAUUUUUACUCAAAACUCAUUAGAUCAAUAUGAGAAAGAGUUGCAGGAAUGGGAAAUUGAAAACGCUCGCCAAGCUGUGGAGUUUACCAUCACUGAGAAAGACCUGGAUACAAAGAAAGACCCAAAGGAACCUUUCAAGGGAGCUCCAAAUAUGCCAGGAUUGUCAAAGUUUUCUAAAGUAUUUACGAAGAUAAGAAAAUAUAAGACUCUUCCUCCUAUUAAGAACAUCAGUGAGCCAAAUGCCCCCGCUAGCCGUAGCCAGAGGAGGCAGAUAAGGGACAAAGAGGCCAGCAGGUUCUGGCCCAAGCCUGAAUUCCCCAAGCCCUUCCUCAUGCACCUAGGCUUUACAGCCAGGUCCCACUCAAUCGAUGAUUUCUUGUCGAACUUCUCUAGUGACUUGCCCCAGCACUUCCUUUACCGCCGACUGAAGAAGAAAACAGCAAGAAAAGAUUCUGUACGUAAGACAUCUCUAUUCUCAGUUGCGAGCAAAAGUGGAAAAGGAUCGAUAAAAGAUGCCAUCUGGAUGGAUCUAGAAAACUGCACAGAACAAGAGGCCCAGCUCCUGACCGACAUGCUGUCUAUGGUGAUCAAGGGUUUGUUGGAGGAGAAACAGUUCCAAGAAGCAGUGGCUAGAAGCCUCACAGAACCCAUCCCCUACUUCUACCAAUUCUGGAGUGAAACAUCAGCAAAACAGAAAAAGAGUCCAACUGGCACCUCUCCGGAAACUCCUUGCCCAGAGAUCAGUGCUAAGAGUAGAACAGAGGAUGGAGAUUUGGGAAGGGAAACAGUAUCUCCCAGAGUCACUUCAUUUGUUUCAGAGAACCUAAGUGUCAUUAUUCGCAAGGAACAGUCCCGGGAAGACAAAGAAUUCCUUAUCAGGAUGCCCGCAUUUGCAAAUCUGGCUGAAAUGGUGCUGGAUAACACCAUCCAGAACAUUCUGGUGGAGGCCAGUCGUGGGGAAGUAGUGCUGACAGCACGGCCGAGAAUCAUUGCACACUCUCCUGUUUUCUCCCAAAAAGGUGUCAGUCCCAUAGUUUCGAUGCACAGAUCAUCUACAAUACCGGGGACUUCCAGUGAAAUCAAGAACUGUGAAGGGCAGCGGCACAUUGUCUUGGCCCCAUAGGAGCUCGCGGAAGACAUUGGGAU